GUGUGUACUAGAAUCUAGAGAGAGAAAGAGAAAAGACAUUUAGCUGAGCUCGAAGCAUCCACAGUUCCACUGUCUUCUUCACCCCCUCAAAAGCGACCAAGAACUAAUCAAAGAACUUACUUUCCUUUGCCCAAGAAAUAUCACAAGAUCUUAACAACUUCAUAGUAAACAGACUGUAUCAAGAAAAUUCCAACCCCAAAAAGGAAGAAAGAAAAUGGGUAUCAUAUGAUUAGCUAAACCUAUCUGUUUCAACAAUGGAUGUAUACGAAGCAACAAAGAUAGUUCUUUCAAAGAUCCAAACUUUAGACCCUGAAAAUGCUUCCAAAAUUAUGGGUCUUCUUCUAAUUCAAGAUCAUGGUGAAAAAGAAAUGAUUCGUUUAGCUUUUGGACCAGAAACACUCAUCCAUUCAAUCGUGUUAAAAGCUAGACAACAACUUUCCAUUUCAAAAAAUCCAGAUUUGUUCUACCGGACCUGGCCGGAAACUCACCAGCGUAGCUUCUCUGUCGGAGAAUCGGAUGAUCUAUCUGGGUUUGGUUGGAAACCAUGUUUAUACUAUGCUAGAGGAUAUUGCAAAAAUGGAACUAGCUGUAGAUUCCUCCACGGCGACAUCAUCGGAGAUUCCGCCGGCGCCGGCGACCCUUUUCCUCAAUCUCCUUCAUCCUUAGCCAAUUUCAUUCUUCAUCAACAACAAGAAGAUAGUCCGAGGGGUGAAGAGAUGAACAUAUUUGGAAGAAACAGAGGAUUUGAUUUAGCAGCCAUUAAUGGUGGAUCUAGAAUAAUGAAUCCUGUUUCAAGACAAAUCUACUUGACUUUUCCUGCUGAGAGUUCAUUUAGGGAAGAAGAUGUAUCCAUUUACUUCAGCAUAUAUGGACCUGUUCAAGAUGUGAGAAUUCCAUAUCAACAAAAGAGAAUGUUUGGAUUUGUGACAUUUCUUUAUCCAGAAACUGUGAAAUUGAUUCUUGCCAAAGGAAACCCUCAUUUUGUUUGCGAUUCUCGUGUUCUUGUCAAACCAUACAAGGAGAAAGGCAAGAUUAAUCUUGACAAACUCAGGAGCCCAACUGGUUUUGAUUCAAGAGACCCUUUUGAUAUUCCAAUUGGGCCAAGAAUGUUUUCAAAUUCUCAAGAGUUGUUAUGGAGGAGGAAGCUUGAGGAAGAAGAAGCAAUUGAAAUUCAAGCUAAAAGAUUAAUGGGUUUUCAUUUUCUUGAUGUAAAGAGUCAAAAUCAUCACCGGACUGUUUCUGCCGGCGCCGGCGCCGGCGCCGGACUUUCUUCUCCGACGUCUCACUUUUGCAGUCCUAGAGUUUCUUUUUAUUCAGAUCAAUUGAAUCAAAAAGUUAAUCAAAGUAAGUAAAAAGUAGAUAUUUUU